GAAUUCCAGAAAACAACUGAACAAACAAAAUGGCGUCAGUUUAAAAAAUGUAAACACGGAACUAACCAACAUUCCUCAAAUGCUCAAUUUCUCAUUUUAAAGUUAAAAUUACUAGACAAUUAACAUAUCCGGGUAGAUUUUCUAUUUGCUGUGUCGUGAAAGUUUGAUUUAAAACUCUGGGGGAUGCAACAUCGUUAUCAUGAAGGUUACUGUGACGUUCAGCACGGUGAAGAUCGUGGUUCCCUGCGGUGAUGGAGAACUCACAGUUAGGGAACUAACACAGCUUGCUACCACCAGGUAUAAGAAAGCUACAGCUAAACCACGCCAGUCCUGGGUUAGCGUCCACAGUUUAAAAGCUAAGGAAGGUGGUAUCUUAGACCCAGACGAUCGUCUGGUCGACGUCUGUGAUGACCGGGAGCAGCUUAUCGCCUUCUAUGACGAGGAAGGGAUACCACAAGGCGGGGAUGGAAUGUCUGCUAGUUCGGACGAGUCCGAAACCAAUUCUGGAUACAGCAGACACGACAGCGAGGGGUUCAAUGAUCCAAGUGGUAAUUCACUACAAGUGCGGAGAGGAAGUGAACCUGCUUUGAAUCGUAUUCAAGGUUCAUCAACGCAGGACGGAGGGUAUUAUGAUGAUCAUUCUAAACGGUGGAGCGCAGCUGUCAUGAGCCGCGACAUUAGAUGUAGUAAAAAUGAUUUAUCUGUUAUAGAUGAAGCGUCGUUCUUUAGUGAAUCCAACCUGGAUCCCAGGAAACUAUCACCACUUCCACCUCCGUUCGAAAGAGGACGGGGCUCUGGAGCUGCCAGGGAUUCCGACAGACCAACCCCGUUCUCUCGAGACUCCAACCGAUUGUCUAUUCAAAUAGGGCAUGAAGAUAGUAGAUGGCUGGAAGCUGCAGAGAAAGCUAACCAGGCCAAAUCAUUAACAAAUCUUCAAUCUCAUGAACAAAUAUUUCACGAACGUCAACAGAGAUCAAUUGAUGCAAAAAUAGAAAUGUUUGAAAAUGCUAGUCAAAGAAAAGAACCUCUGGGAGGAUCCAGCCCUCCCCACCCUCCUCCUUCUCAAAUAAACCUAGAAAACUUGACAAGAGUUGUAAUUCAAAAUGAAAUUGGACCUCUUGGUAUACAUGUUGUUCCCAGUGGAGAUCCGUCUAAUCCUGGAUUAAUUAUCCAAGGAAUAGAACCCGGUGGCCGGAUAGACCGGGACGGUCGUCUAGCCGUCAACGAUAGAAUUGUCGAGAUCAAUGGCUACACACUUAUAGACCUUCCGUUUAAUAAAGCUCAGGAAAUAUUUAAGGAAGCAUUGUUUGCGAAGAACCUAGAGCUGUUGGUUGAAAAACUUCAGUCUGAGUUAGAUCAAGAAAACAUGAUAAAUUCUGAAUAUUUUAUGUCAGAUGAGAAUAAAGAGAACAUAGACAAUGAAAAAGAAGGAUUCGGAAGUCUGGCAAGAAGAUAUGCCCCUGGCAGCAAGCUCACCAGUGCAGUACAAGCAGCUAAUACUAGAAAACUUGGGAGAAAGAUAUUAAUAAACCUAGUUAAGGGUCCUCAUGGAUUAGGCUUUAGUAUAACCACACGAGAUAUUCAGUCCGGUGGUGUAGCUCCAAUCUAUAUCAAGCACAUCCUUCCUAAGGGAGCCGCUAUAGAGAAUGGUCAACUGAAACCCGGAGAUCGUUUGCUUGAAAUCAAUCAACUCUCUGUUGACGGUAAAAGUCAGGUUGAUGUUGUUGCCAUGCUCAGGAAUAUCCCCCAGCAGGGACAGGUUGCUCUGCUGGUCUCUAGACAGGAGAGGGUUGAAGAGAUUGAACAAUGUAAUACUCUGGAUAGAAAAGAAAUGACUAGAAAUACUCCACUGAACCCCUCCUUUGCGAUGGAAGAUACAAACAGUUCAUCUAAAAGCAGUACAGUUCCCAACAGCGAAGAAUCUGAGGAUUUCUCCUCAAUUUCUCCAGACCUUCAAAUGAACAAAGAAGGAGAAAUUGUUUUUCCUUGGAAACAUCGUGAAAUUCUUACUUUAGAUAUUCCUGUGCAUGACACGGAGCGUGCCGGUCUCGGAGUGUCUGUCAAGGGAAAGACAACUGGAGGAGGCACGAAGGGUAUCGUUGAUCUUGGGAUAUUUGUCAAAAACGUGAUAAACGGCGGCGCCGCCUCUCGAGACGGUCGUUUGAAGACAAAUGAUCAGCUAGUCAAUAUUAACGGUAUAUCUCUACUUGGCAAAGCAAAUUGUGAUGCCAUGGACACACUAAGGCGAGCAAUGCACGAAGAAGGUCCGACACCCGGAGUUAUUACACUGACAGUUGCCCGACGGCUAAAUGUUGGAUCUUCAAUGAAUUCAAGUAUGCGAUUAAGAAGUACGGGACGGGAAUCUGUUACUAGCAUGUUAACCUCUAGCUCGGGAGAUGAUAGCUUUAGAGAGCACAGGAUUGGCCAGGACAGUUUGAAUAAAAGCGGGUUAAAUAACUCCUCCUUAAACGAUACAUCCAUAAUGUCCAACAAUGAUACAGUAAUUUAUGUAGAAAAACCUAAAACCGCAGUAUUUGACAACUUUAUAGCUCCUGCUGUACCAAGAAACCCAGUAGUAGACAGAUUAAUGGGACGGAAGGAUAAACAGGUGGAUGCGGGUCUGAGAAACGAUAGUUACUACAGAGCAACAGGGCACGAUACGUGGAAUGCAACCCAGCUCAACCUCAUGGAUACUACUGAUAGUAAAUUUCAAAGUCCGACCGUUCAUCAGGUUCCUGGAGAAACUGUUAUGAUUGAACAGUACGUUGAAGGAAAUAAAGUAACAGCUAACUCAAAAUUUAACAGACCCCACUCUCCGGAUGGUUGCGAAGGAGCUUCUGAAAAGGACUCUGAUAUCACCGUUACUGAUGUAGCAUACGCAAGUCAGACAUCUCUAGAGGAAGCGUCGUUUGCUUUUGCUCGUGAUCAGCCAGGUCGUCAGUCGAUGAGUGAAAAACGUCAUGCAACGCUUGAUGCUAAAUCCACGGACACGUAUCAGAGAAAUAAGAAAGCAAGACAAGAGAGAGAACAGACUACUGGAGGAAUCAUCGGUCCAAUGUUGGGUAUGAAGAAGUCCAGCAGCCUGGAGUCCCUGCAGACUAUGAUGACAGAGAUGAAGAUGGAGAGUGGAAAGCAGGCGAACCGUGUGAAGACGAGUCGUGUGGUUCGAGGACGAGGUUGUAAUGAAAGUUUCCGAGCUGCUGUAGAUAGAAGUUAUGAGGCCCAAGAUAAUGAGGAUCAACCAGAUCCUGAGAUUAUUGAUACCUUCGACCGCGCUGAAUACCGACAGUCAGGAAGUAGUCUGGAUUCUAACAACGAUAAGAAGAAGAAAAAUCAAAAGCUGUUCAAAGGUUUUGGCAUGUUCAAAUUUGGAAAACAACGUGCUAAGAGCACUGAUGCUAUGCGGAGUAGCGGUAGAAAAACUCCUACUCCAAUACCUGAACGAGAUCACUCCUCCUCCCGGAAGACUCCCUCGGAAGAACUGGAUCGGAAGGACGAGGAUGCUAGAGAACGAAUGCUGCAUGAGCAGGCAAAAAUUCAGCAGCACUACAAGAGAUUACUGCAGCAGAGACAAGAAUCUGAGAACUUUGAUCCUCCAGCACAAGAAGAGAGAUCCGAGAGCGUGUAUAGUGGUGAACCUGCUCUGCCCGCUAGUCUAGCUGCUGCGCGUCCAGGGAGUAGAUCUGGAAUAUCGGGAACCGCGACAGAUCCUAGGUUCGCAAACUAUGAAGAGAUUCAGAGGCAUUUAAAUAGACGACAAGCACAAUAUCAUUCACAGAGAAGAGAACACGCUACUAGGUCGGAGAGACCUGUCUCUAACUUUUACGAGUAUGAAUCCGUCCAGUCCGCCAUUAAUCAUGGUCGUCAGCAUAGUGGCGGCUUCCAGCAUCCUAGUGGACACCCAUCAUUCCCUCCGAGUAGGGCGGAGUUUUCUCCGGUCCGUAGUUCAGGGCGGAGACCUCAGAGCAGAAUAUAUCUACCAAACGAAGGUCCACGUUUAAGUGUAGCUCCUCUACCUAGCUCCAACUUUCAGUUCUCCGGUAGUAAGGACUAUGAUGAGUACAGAGGAGGAGAGAUGGAAGAUCCCUAUGCCAGGGUUCUAUAUGGAGCUGAGAGAGUGAGAAACCAAAGGUUUCCAACUUCUCAGUCAACCUCUAGACUACAGUCACACCAAGUGCCAAAGCUGAAUGGCUAUGUCCCGUCCCUUCCUCCUGGAUCCAAGGUUUGAAACUAAGUGGCCUUCAGACGAAACUACAUUCCGUUCUUCAUCCUCGCUGUACAUGGAUCUAAACCAUCCUUUCAUUUAUUCAUCAACUCAUAGAUUCAUUCAUCCAUACAUUUAUUCAUCCUAUUGUAAUAUUGAUAUUAAGUAAAUCCUUGAUUCUGAUCAAAUGGAAAAUUAAAAUAUUUAAAUCUAAUAUUGCCUUUUAUUAGCAAUCCAUGCAUUUUAUACACAGCGAGGUGCCUUAGCUAUAUUUUUAUAAAUGCUAGUUCUCCACCUUGACGUAUUGUGAUCUUUCCAUGAAAGAAAAUUUUUUAUAAUAUUUUCUACUCCGAGUAACGUAUUUGUUUGUAAAAUUAAGAAAAACGAUCAAACCUGAUUUUUUUGGUAAUCGAAUGUAUUUAUAUUGCGACGAUAAUAUCUGAUAAUUUGUUACAAUUUUUACCUAUUUAUUUGACCAAUUUAAGGUUUACACUUUUAUUCCUCGCUACGGGAUGAUUUGUUUCCUGUAUCGCGCCCUGACAAUCCAGUAAUCUGUAAUACGUCUGUAAUAUGUAAACUGUAAUCUGUACCUAGCCUGUUACUGAUUUCUUUGCAAUCACACGCAAAUAUAUCUUGAACUAAAAAUAA